AAUAAUAACACAGGUGUAAAACGCGACGUGGUGAUGCGACAGCUCUUCGGUUUAUUGAUUUAGAUUCACGAAACGCGUUGGAAUGAGUCUGGAGCGGAACAGCCCUCGGUCCGAGCGCAGGACCCCGUCACUGUCUCACAGAGAUUACAGAACCAUCCGGAAGAUCGGAGAGGGAACGUUUUCUGAGGUCAUGAAGGUCCAGAGUCUGAGGGACGGAAAACACUACGCCUGUAAAACCAUGAAACAACCCAUCGAGAGUGUGGAUCAGGCUCACAAUCUCAGGGAGGUUCAAGCCAUGAAGCGUUUGGGUCCCCAUCCCAACAUCCUCCAGCUUCAUGAGCUCAUUUACGAUAAAGACACAGGAACGCUGUCACUCAUCUGUGAGCUCAUGGAGAUGAACAUAUACGAGUUUAUUAAAGGUACGGUACGGUGUGUUUGCUGUGUUGAAGUGCUUCACACGGAAGUAAAUGUGUCUUGUGUUCCUCCUCCAGGCCGCCAGUGUCCUCUAGCGGAGAGUAAAGUCAAGCACUACAUGUUCCAGCUGUGCCGCUCUCUGGAUCACAUGCACAGUCAUGGAAUAUUCCACAGAGACGUGAAGCCAGAGAACAUCUUGAUCAAAAACGAUGUGCUGAAGCUGGCAGACUUCGGCUCCUGCAGGAGCAUCUUCUCCAGACCUCCUCACACCGAGUACAUCUCCACACGCUGGUACCGAGCGCCCGAGUGCCUGCUGACCGACGGACACUACUCGCAGAAGAUGGACGUGUGGAGCGCCGGAUGCGUCUUCUUCGAGAUCCUCAGUCUGAGCCCUUUAUUCCCCGGACGAAACGAGUUAGACCAGGUCAACAAGAUCCACGACGUGCUGGGCACGCCGGACAUCACGCUGCUGCAGAAGUUCAAACAGUCUCGUGCGAUGCGCUUUGAUUUCCCUCCUCGCAAAGGCUGUGGGAUUUCCCAUCUGAUCCCUCAGUGUUCUGCAGCUGCGCUGUCUCUGCUGCACCUGAUGCUGACCUACGACCCCGAGGAGCGCAUCAGCGCCCGCGCAGCACUGCAGCACCCCUGCUUCAGAGACCUGCGGAUGUCUGAGAGGAAAGCAGCGAGUCUGCGGAAGGCGAUCGGAGCUGUAGAGGGAGAAUCCAGCGGGAUUCCUGCAUCCGUGGAUCAGCUGUGGAGAAUCGCACGGCAGGGGAGACGACAGCAUCUCAAGCACGCCGGCGACCCGUUCAGCCGACGAAACGCCUCACAUUUCCCUCUGGAGCUACCAAAACUCAACGUGGUGGUCCCCACACCCAGCAUCCCUUACCCAGUGUCCAGCUUCCCAGCGCUGACCGGUUCACACCGCGGCUCUCUGCCUGCCAUCUCCAAAAAGUGCCACCCGCGUCUGACUAAACCCAAAGAAGAGCCACACCGUUUCAAGAGCUACUACAUGCCUCCGCUGGAGCGCCGUCCAGACGAGUGCUGACCCACUGAAGACAUUAACCCCCGCCUCGAGUCUGUGUCUGGUUCCAGUGUGCUGGCUUCAACCGUCACCAGACUACAAACAUCAACAUUUCCUUUUCACAUUACAUAAUAAAAGUCCUUGCACACACAGAAA